AUGCCUCUGAAUGAUGAUGGCUUCAACAAUAAGCCACCGGCAUCAUCAUUCAGUAGCAGCCAUGAUCGAGAUCAUGAUGAAUCACUGAACACUCCACCUAGUCGAGUAUUCCGUCCAAUGAUUUCCUUGUUGGGCAACAGCAACAACAAUACUCAAAGGAUGAUUGAAUCUUCAUCAAACAAUUUCAAUAACUCUCCGUCGGGUUUCAUGAAUGAAAAAGCCUUGAUGAAUAAUAAUUUUCAUCUUCAUCAUCAACAACAUUCAUCUGACCAUUUCUGUUUAAAACAUGUUAACAACAAGCUUGAUGUACCUUCUCCAACCACAACUCUACGACGACAACAUGUGGGUAGCUCUCCGAAGAGAAACCGAACCAUGGUACCGAGUACUCCCGAGAACAAAGCCAGUCCGAUUUCCAUACAUUCCAACUCUCCCUUCACACCACUGGCAUCUCCUCCAAGAUCCAUAACAUGUGCUGCCUCUACAAACGUGUUGUCAAGCACAUUCCACAUGUUGAAAUCAACUCCAGUCGCUUCGUCUGCCUCUCGUGUGGAAAGUGUCAGUAUUUGCAUGACACCAUCCUUGUCCUCAUCUCAGAAUCUAUUCCAACAAAAACUUGAGCCAAACACAAUAUCACAUCAUCACCACAACCACCAAUCAGCAAACACUGAUAACAGCACCAACAUUGUGGCCUUUCUAUUCAUGUACAGUUCUAAAGAUUCUCUUCAAAAUUUUGAAAGAGCCUUUCCCUUGUGGAGUGGCAGAACCUUAAUCUCAAGAAAAAACCAAGAAUAUUUCUUGGCAGCCCAAAAUAAUAGAAAACGCAUGAAAGAUGUGUUACCACCAUACGAUCGUUGUAUAUGUAUCAAUAGCCCAUCAAUUUCCAAAAUACAUGCUCUUAUUGAAAUAUCAGAGGGCGAAUUUUCGUUUCUCGAAGAUUUGAAUUCUAGAAAUAGGACGGUCAUUGUUGAAAAGUCAGAGAAAAAGAAACGACAUAUCAACAUUCAAUCGAGAAGGCUCUACCAAUUGAGAGAUGAUAAUUUUAUUCUGUUGGGAAAUAUUAUUUGUAAAUUCAAGUUAUGUACAGAGAUGGAUGAAACUAUGAAGAACCUUGCCUUGAAUUCACACUUGAAGCUCAAUGAAAAUGCAUGCACGAGAAAAUCGCCCAAACAGCUACCAGUACCACCUCAAAAUGGCUCUUCUAAAUUAUUAUUUCGACCACCAUCUGCGACGUUUCCCUCUCCCAGUAAGAAAACGUUGCUAAUGAACAAGAAAAUCAAUAAUGGUGUCGUAAGCGCUGUUACUACAUCACCGACUGAAAAAAAAUCUUCUGAGAUAUUGGUACCGGCAACACCUGAAAUGACAAACUCGUCUCAAACCCAUAACACAAACGACACAUUGGACAAACAAGCAAUAUCAUCAUGUCGCAACGAUUCAAGCAACAAUAUUAUUAAGGAACUCCACAAACCUGAGAAUAAUAAUCAAACAAGACAUUUUGUGCCUCCAACCAAUUUUGUCUUAAAGAAAAAGUCCAUGAGUAAUACAGAUGAGAAAGAACAAACUUGUCAAAAAGUAUUGGUUUUUGAGACGCCAGUGAAAUCAUUAGAAAAUGGGACCAAGUCGACGGAUGGUGUCACAAUUUUCCAAACACCAUCAAGCUCCUCCUCUUAUGGCACUCCACAAACCACCAAUGAGAGUACUACAAUGAAGAAUUUUUCUGACACGAAGGUUCUUUUAUCAAACGAUCAUCAGUACAACAAUGAAGACCUCUGCAAAGAUGAGGACUUGAUUGACCUACAACUGGAUGAUAUUGACCUCUCUUUCUUAUCAAGCCAACAAGAAAUGACACAACAGAAACAACCACAACAGCAGAAUCCAGAACCCUCAACUUCUACAUUUAACAUUAGCAACUCUUCACAGUUUGACGAUAUUGAGGAGGAGGAGCUUGAUGAUCAAGAGGAAUCACAGGCCAACCAGUCAUUGUACAAUAAUCCAAAAAAGCGUGUCAAUGAAGAGGACACUUUGCUAAACGAACAUGAUCAUGAAGGCAUAGUUUCCACAGCAGAACCGCUCAAUGAUGCGAGAAGGUCGAAAAAGAAAAAGUACAAAAAGAGUGACCAUCAACAUCCUCAUAUACUCUUUACAGGAAUUCAACCUACUGAAGCAAAUUUGAGAGCCAUUGAAAGGCUGGGAGGUGUUCUUAUUGAAGACGCCUAUACAGAACUUCUCGAAUCACGGCUCACUCAUUUGAUUACUGACAAAUUGCGAAGAACUGUCAAGUUUCUUUGUGCCUUAGGAAGCUGUCCUAAUAUUGUCACAAUCGAUUGGCUUGAGCAGAGUACAAAAACCAAAUACUUUAUCGACGAAGAAGGCUUUUACUUGCACGACGUGGAGGGAGAAGAAAAAUUCAACAUUUCUCUUAUUGAAGUAUUGAAUAGAAGAGAUAGAGCUCCACACAAACUCUUUCACGGAAUGGCCUUUUUCCUUACUUCUAACAUUCUUCCAAAACCAGACGAAAUGAAACUGAUCAUUGAAUGUAAUGGAGGUUCUGUUCUUUCCACCCUCAGUUCCCUCAAAUGUGAGUUAGGAAUGAAUAAGAACGUAUUUGUAAUAACCUGUGAGAAAGAUUACAAGUAUUGUACUUCAACCUUGUCACCAAUUUUUGAAGAUUUUGACUUGAAUUGUGUUGAACACUUUUUCAAUAGCGAGUUUGUGAUGGCUUCAGUUGUCCGUCAAGAGAUCAUCAACAAUGAAUUGACCCAAUUCGAAUCCAUGCAGAAAACAUCCAUCAAAUCCAAAAGGAAAUAG